GCAUGAGCAACGACACGGAAGUUUAUCAGGAAAGAGGAGGAGGAAGUACUGAAAUCUGAUGGUGUAGGGGAGAAUGACACACUAGCCUAUCAGAAAACCCUACAGUGUACCACUCGUUAAUGAUUAUGACACUGCUUUCAAUCGAAUACCGGAAGUUCAGGCUCCUAGUCUAGGACUUUAUGGUCUUUUUCUAUCUCUAUGGCUUCUAAGGAAGCGGAGUUGUUUUACGCGCAUGCGCCUCGGCGGCUUUGAGCUCUCGUCUGCCUCUGGUGACCAGAGAGAUGGCGCCGACUGAAAGAGGUGCUGCGUUGCUUCCUGGUUACUAGCAUGGUGGGCUAAGGAGGUGAAAACUAUUGUGGACACCUAGCUGUGAAGAUGAACCCUAAUAUUCCUUUCAGUGGACAGCAGCCUGGAGUUUUCCAGGCACCAUCUUGUACUUCUGCUACAAUGUUUCCUGUUCAGCCACCAGUCCAGUUUGGUCAGCACUCUUUUUUUGGGCAGAACAAUGGAGGACUGGUAAAGAAUCCAAGGUUUACGCACCUACCUGAUUUCACCCUAACUUCAGGACUACAUACUUCAGGGCAAACUCUGGGAUUUGGACAGCCACCAGGAUUUACACAGUCUUAUUCUCUUGCACAAACUGCAUCCUUUGCAACUGUUUCUGCACCAAAUAGCUCUUCCAUUGCUGGCAAGCCAAAAUUCAGUUUUAAACCACCUACAAAUCUUGGGACUUCUCCGAGUACUUCUAACUUUGGAACAGCAUCUGGAGAAACUUCAGGCAGUGGCUUUGUGGAAUCAGAUUUCAGCUUCAAAACCCAAGAUAAUGCAGUGUUUAAGCCUAUCUUUGGUACUGGUUCAGAACAAGAGAAAAUACCAAGCCAGAUAACCCCAGGUCCUUUUCAGUUUUCCUUUCCAGGUGGUGGUGGACCUGGAAGAAUAGCCCCCUUUGCCAUGUCUCAAGAGACCAACAAUCUGAGUGUAAAUGCAAACUUCAGCUUCUCAAAACCAGUAAGCAGUAAUACAUCUUCCUUCUCUGCUUCUUUACCAAGCCAGACUGCAGAGAAUGAGAAAAAGAAACCUGUCAUUCUCUUUGGAAGUCCUAAUAGCAGUUUUACUUCUUUUUCUAACUCAUCUGCUGGGUCUUUGCUUUUCGGUGAUGCUUUCCAAGGGGGUAAAACAAGCAAACCAGAACAUGAAGAAUUGCUAGCUCUGGAUGAGCCACUUCCACUCCUUGGGAAGGGAACAAAGAGGAAAGAGGAAAAAGAGCACUCUCCGAGAAGACGUGAUUAUGAUGUUGUAGAUGAACCGGAGCUUCUAGCAAGGAAUGAUCAUUCUAUCAACAAGCGGCCAGUCAGGUUGCAUCGACCUCGUGUAGGUGGCUUGUUUGGCAGAACGUUGCAAGAUGUGCUGAAAAGUAAUAAAGACAACGGGCGUCCUAAGAAAGACUCCAGAAUCGAGAGAGUUGGCCUAGAAUCUGGAGAUGUGGAACAGACAAAUGUAGCAGAGGGAAGCCAGUCUGGUUUUCCUAUAACUAGGCCAGCAGCCCAAGAGGAAGAAAGUAAGGCAAAACUGAAGAAAGAGUCAAACCCUUCUGCCAUCUCAAACCCUUUGCGUCGACAUCGGAACAGUGGGAGCACAGAGAGUCUUGGGGGCUUGCCAUCAAGUGAACUCACAGCCUUCCAGUGCAAAAAUAUUCCUGACGAUCUCAAUGACAGAAAUGUUCUUGAUAAAUACUUUAAGAAGUUCGUGAAAAUCCAACGUAUUCGUACCAAUCGAAACAAAAAGCUGGCUGUUGUUCACUGUUUUGAUCAUGCAUCUGCUGCUCUGGCUAGAAAGAAAGCAAAAGAGCUACACCCAGAUAUAACAACAUUUUGGCAUAAGAAGAAACCUAGUCCUAAUAAGAGAGACUAUCCAUCCAAGGAACAGAAGGCAGAUGAAAGUGAAGGGAGGCAAAGCAAUGAACAGCUAAAUCGUCAGCAUUCUCCACUCUGCAAAUCCUUGAUCCGUUCCACUGCUGGUGGAAGCUUGUCUAACAAGAGUUCUCCAGCUAAGAAGCCUGGCCUUAAGAAGUCUCUACAGUUUGAAACAGAUACUUUUGCUUUGGGAUCUGAAGGCCAUGGCUCAGAGUACUUAGAAGCAUCAGCAUCCUCUCUCAGCAGUCUUCUAGGCAUGGUGGCAGAAACCUCUGAGGACAAGUAUCGCCUUCUAGACCAGAGAGAUAAGAUUAUGCGGCAAGCUCGAGUAAAACGAACCGAUCUUGGCAAAGCUAAAACCUUUGUGGGCACAUGCCCAGACAUGUGUCCAGAAAAAGAGCGUUAUAUGAGAGAAACACGGAACCAACUUAGUUUGUUUGAAGUGCUUCCAGGAACGGACAAGGUUGACCACACAGCAGCAAUAAAGGAAUAUAGCAGGUCUUCAGCAGACCAGGAGGAACCUUUGCCACAUGAACUGAGGCCUUCUGAGGUGUUGGGUAUGACAAUGGACUACUUAGUAACCCAAAUCAUGGACAAAGGAGAAGGGAAUUAUCGGGAGUGGUAUGAUUUUGUAUGGAACAGAACUCGUGGGAUAAGAAAGGAUAUAACCCAGCAACAUCUCUGUUGUCCUCUGACGGUUUCCUUGAUUGAGAAAUGUACCCGUUUUCAUAUCCACUGUGCCCACCACUUAUGUGAGGAGCCUAUGUCCUCUUUUGAUGCAAAGAUCAACAAUGAGAACAUGACAAAAUGCCUCCAGAGUCUGAAGGAGAUGUAUCAAGAUCUUGCGAACAAGGGUGUCUACUGCAAGAGUGAAGCAGAAUUCAGGGGCUAUAAUGUCCUCCUCAACCUCAACAAAGGGGAUAUUCUCAGAGAAGUGCAACAGUUUCAUCCAACUGUCCGAAACUCUGCUGAAGUUCGAUUUGCAGUUCAGGCCUUUGCUGCUUUAAACAGCAAUAAUUUUGUCAGGUUUUUCAAACUUGUGCAAACAGCAUCUUACCUGAAUGCAUGCUUGCUGCACUGUUAUUUCAAUCAGAUUCGUAGAGAUGCUCUGAAAUCUCUAAAUAUUGCUUAUACUGUGAGUGCUCAGAGGUCCACCAUCUUUCCACUCGAAAAUGUGGUUCGCAUGUUACUGUUUAAAGACUCUGAAGAUGCAGUUAAUUUCAUUAGUUAUUAUGGCUUGAGUGUUUCUGAUGGUUUUGUGGAGCUGAAUCGGUUGGCUUUUUUGGAACCAGAAAGCUUGCCUAAGCCGAAGAAAUCACUGUUCGUGAGGCAGAAACUAAUGGUGUCAGUUGGGGAAAUGGUCAGUGGGGGACCUCUGCUGCCAGUGACUCGCCAUCUGCCCAUGUCUAGCUUUGAUGGGCAAAACAAAUACAUAGGGGAGAGUGCUGCAGUGGACUCAACCAGCAGUGUUCCGAAAGUUGUGACAGUUUUCCCUACAGAACAAAGAGCAGAAGGCAGCAGUAUAGACUCACGAGUGCUUCAAGCUCAUCCUCCACCAUUGCUCCUCCCAGCCCCCUUGCCUUCUGCUGCAGUGUCCACUUUUCAGCCUAUUGCACAGCCUUUGCCGCUGCCUCCAAAACCUCAGCCUACUUACAGUGAAAUGGACAUGGUGGAGGUUGUUGAAAAUCUUGUGAACGAUGUGCUAGAAGGAGAAUGCAGAGCUAUAAGCACAGCAGGAGUAGCCUAUGUGCACUCAGCACAAAGGGUCUCUGAUGUUACUACAGAUGAACUCAUGGCAGAAGUGAUGCUGGAAAAUUUGAGCCAAAUUGCAUGUGAUGUAAUAAAUGCAGAAAGAGAGAGGUUUGAAGAAGAAAAACGUCAGGCUGAAGUAGAGAGACGGAAACAGGAAAGAAUACAAUUAAUAAAAAUGUUGAGCCAGUCGCUGGGUACAGAAUUGACAGAAGAAGUGGUAAAGGAAAUGGUUGUAAAUGUUUCGGCUAAACAGUUAAAGUGUGCGGUGGAGAAAGACCAAAGAGCACGUGUUGCUCGUUGCUCAAAGGAAGUCUGUGCUGAAAUAAUGGAUCUGUUUCUGGAAGAUGAGAUUUUCCAGAGUGCUAAAGAGACCCUGCAGGAACUCCAGUGCUUCUGCAAAUACUUACAGCGAUGGAGGGAAGCUGUUGCAGCCCGAAAGAAACUGAAGCGUCAGAUGAGAGGAUUCCCUGCAGCUCCAUGUUGUGUAGACCCAAAAAACAAAUUGAAAGCACUGUCUCCCAGUGCAGAAUGUCCUAUCACCAGAGAGCACCUAGCUAAAAGGAUUGUAAACUUGGGACAUGCUGGGAAUCUGGGCACCUCUUGCCUUAGGCGAGAAUGGCUACAGGACAAGAUAAUUCACCAAAUGAAAGUGCAGUAUUUUUAUCAGCAAUUAUUAUGGGAUGCAGCAUGGACUCCGCUGGAUCUGCCUUCAUUGGUUGCUGAGAACAUUCCAAGACAGCAAGAAAAUAUCUUUUGGAAAGUGCUUUUGGUGUUGCCAAGCUAUGAGGACUAUCCAGCUGAGGAUCCCAGCAGAAUUCUAGCAGAUUGGAUGAAAGCUAAAUUUGUUAUAGAUAAAAAUCUGAAGGAAGCUGCAUCUGUGUCGACGGAUGGAAUCCAGACUCUUGCAUUACAUACGUCUCUUCAUACACAAGAAGAUCAGUCUCUUUGUGUCAGUGUGUGUAUAAAGGUCACUCAUGGAAUCCUUGGCACCUCUGAACUUGCUGACCCAGAGAUUCAGAAGGAGCUAACUGGGACUAGUGGUCUUAUUCUCCUGCUGCCUCCUCAAGUGAGAAGCGAAGAUGUUGCAGAGGAAGAUGUUUAUUGGCUUUCAGCCUUGCUUCAGUUGAAACAGCUCCUUCAAGCAAAACCUUUCCAACCAAUAGUGCCUCUGGUGGUUCUUGUCCCAGGUCAUGGAGAUGGAGCUAUAGAGAAGGAAGUAGAGGAAGGGCUGAUGCUGCCAGACUUGAUUUCAGCUAACCUUAUUUCAGGUUACAUCAUUGUUGAAAUACCAGAUUCUGUGAGUGACUUGCAAGGUGCCAGCAAGCUCUCUGAAGCAGUGCAGUGGCUGCUUGCUCAGUACCCCAGCUCCUUCAAGCUGUGCUGCCAGACACUCGUGCAGUUUGUUGAAGAUGGUGUGGAUCGCGAGUUCAGCCAGCACUUCUAUCAAGACAAGGAGGAGAGACACGUGGCUGGAUUGCCCUCCCAAGACCCGAGUGCCAUCAUAGAGCUGUAUAACAGUGUGGUGCAGUUCCUGGCAGACGUCGCCUCUUCAGAAGAGCUCUCUGAACUAUCCUGGCCUGUGACUGAAUUUGCAGAGCCUGGGGGUAGCAAGGUCCUCCCCCAUCUCCAGUGGAAUACGCCCAGUCAUCUGGCCUGGCUAAAGAAAGCACUGUUGUCCUUCCAGAUUCCACAGAUGGAUCUCCCUCCUUUAGGUGCUCCCUGGCACCCUGUUUGUGCCAUGAUUUUCCAAUAUUUGUCCCAGACUGCUAGUUCUCUUCAGACCCAGGAGAUACUUCAGUCUCAGAUAAAGCAUUUGCUGAGCAAAACCUACUUGCAGUGGAAAGGAAGGAAGUGUGCCAGCUCAGGAGAGGACGGCCCCUCUGUGGAGGAGAUCCCCUGGGAUCGUAUCUUGGCACUCUGCAUUAACCAUACAUUGAGAGACUGGAAACCUCCUCGGCUGCCAGUAGCACCAGAAGCAGUGAGCAAAGAUGGGCAGGUGUAUGUGUACUUUUUUAAGGAGCACUUGAGAAAAUUCACUCGUCCUUUCUCAUGGGAAGAAGCCAGACUGAAAACUCAGAAAGAGGUCCAGCAAAGUCAGGGAAGAUCCAAAACAAAGACUCAGUCUUUUGCAAAACUACAUCCUUAUUCAUGGGAUGCAACCAAAUAUGGUGCCAGCUGGGGAACUGUGAGUGACAAAGAACCGAGUGUUUUAAAUCAAACAGAUCUAACAACGGCUGUUUCAUACAUGGACCUUCUCCCUGAGUGCCUGUCAGCCAAACUGCAGCUGGAGAAAACAGAGAGCAGAAGAUUUGAUGAGCAGCUGCAGCAGUUGUUGGUUACGGACCCUGAGUCAUUCCAGGAUUCUCCAUCUCUUCCUCUUUACCUUCCUGAAGCUCUGGUAUCUGUGCCUCAGAUUAUCCACCCACUGGCAAAAGCACUGACAUCAAGAAGCCCAGAGACAAGAAACUGGAUGGAACUGAAGGACACAGACACCUCUCUGUCACAUAGGCUCGCCUACUUGAAGCAAAUGAUUAGGUCCAACAAAGAAGAAGAAAUGGCUUGUGAAAUGCACUUGUCUACAUUGCUGGACAUGAUAGAUGCUUGAUCAGGGUCAGUCGGAAUGUUGGAGGCAAGCUUGCUUAUAUGAAAAACCUUUAGGAAUGGCUUGAAUAACAUAAAACAAUCGUGAUUUUAGCCAGCAUAAUGAAGUCUAGUGCCUCUUUGGAGGAAAUUGCCAGUUUCUUGUGAGCUUAGGUUUAGUGCUUUCAGCUUUCCUCUCUUGUGGAAUGUGAGCAGAGGUGUCUUAUCCAUGCAGUUACAGAUUUUCUAUACUCAGCAGAAGCACAUUUAAGAGCUGAAGAUAUUUUCGUCAGGAUUCAGAAGAGAACUUAGUCAGUCUCCAAGGGAGAAAAAGGUGUGUGGUUCCAGAUCAGUGUGAGGUGGUUUGUUUGUUUUUAAGUAAUGGAAGCUCAGAACCAGGUAGAACCAGGUUAGGGGAUUUGUUGAAGGAAGUGCUGUCAUAACUUGCUUCCGUUAUGAUAAUUCUAACCUGGGCAGGUUUUAAGUGCACGUUUGCUGUGUUAUCACAGGCAUGCUGAACCUCUCAGCUAUUUACAGAAUAUCUGUGUCUGACCUACACAUAGAUAAAAACGUUUCCUACACUGUCAUUUUUAUUAAUGAAUGGAAAGACUUCAGUUAAGUGCAUUGUAAUGUGGGAAGCAGAUGUAAAAACUGCUCUAGAAGCCUAGGAGCCCUGGAAGAAGUUGCUCCCACCAGCCUGAGAGCACUAUUCUUAGUCCCUGGGGGACUGCUUUUUUAAAAAAAGGAAUAGGUUGGUCAUCUUUAUAUUGAGAAGUGUAUCACAUAUUGCUGGGGUCUUUUUUGCAAAGAAAAUAAGCUUCACUGUUCAGGACAGGUACUGCAUUUCAAACUGUUUUUCUUUUGAGAACAUAUCAUAUUGUAAUAUGAGAUUGUGAUACUAUCACUUAUAACCUCACAAUAUCAUAUUCAAACUUUUUUUUUUUUAGUAUUGAUGUUGAUCUCUUUGUCAAGAAGCAAGUGACAUCCUCCUGGUAGAAGUAUUCUAAAAUACAAAGUAUUCUGAAAAAUUCUUGCUCAAUAAUAUUUCUUCUAAAACGAAUUUGUCUUUCCCCCCUUAAAUAUAUUCUAUUUUACACUUUUAUCAUUGGCAUCCUUAUUAGAAUAUGUGGUUUUGAUACUGAUAUUUAUGGUGUGGCAAACUAACAUGUCCAGAUGAUGCUUUCUUUGCAUUAUUUUUCUCUUAGUACAUUAUAUUGGAUAUUGUAUGUAUACAGUAUAUAUUUCUGUUGCCCGUUAUAACUAGUGAUGUAGAAUAAAUAAAAACUGAAAUGUUUUACAGUUUAUACUUUAAAUUAUAUGCAUGGGCAAAGUUAACCUGUAAGUAUAAUAAACCUGAGUUAUUACUGAA